AUGUCUCGCAAUGUCAGUAACCCAAUUGAGUUACAUAAGCUCACAAUCGUCGAUAAACGACAGGAGGAAUCGCCGACACGGCUGUCUAACACUAGUUCACAAAUCAAGCUUCCUUCAUCGCCCAGAAGACAAGGGAUUCAAAUCGCCCUGCCGCUAGAAUCAAGUCCCGCCAAGGAACACGAUUCUCUGGAUCUUACUCCAGUAUCUUCGCCGCCGAGAUCCAAGAGGAAUAGUGUAUCGUCGGUUCAGAGCGAGAGCCAAAGCCAAGACCUGUUGUACAGGUUGGCUGCUAAGGAGAGAGAAAUUGUGGAGUUGGAACAAAAGCUACAAUCAGCCAAGAAGGAGUUACUGCUCCUGGAGAACCACUAUCGUUCGGUGGUUGCGGGACAGUCGAAUUUGCGCAAUACCUUGUCUUCCGGCAGCUAUCGGAAGGAUGAUGUUAUUCAAAACCUAUCCAAAAAGUUUCAAAAGACACUAGACGAAGUGCACAACUCGCCCAACGUUCUCAAGAGUAAGAAAAGCAUCAGUAAUUUCUUCAAUGGUGAAAGGAAUGCGCCAAGAUCAGCGGAGGAGGCGAAGGGAAGGGGAGGCUUUUUCCAGAACUUGAUUGACAAGUUCAAUGAUUUCUCAGUAGCAGAAGCUGAGGAAGAAGAAUUCGAUAGAACACAGAAUGUUCACAAGGAUGACUUUUACUUGAAGGAGAAACUUGAGUACGACGAUGAUGAAGAUAUAGUCAAUGAAGAAACAGGCGCGACCUUGUUAGAUGUUCAAGACCCAAGAUUAAGGGACAUAUAUAAGAGGUAA